AUGUCCUUUAUGGCAGAGGAAUGGAAGCAGGAAGCCACAGCUGAUGAUGAGGAGAUUUCAGGAGCUAAAAAAUCACACAAAACAUGGAUUAAUGUCAAACUGCCCAGCAUUCCAAUAGAGCUGCCAGAACCAGUUGCAGAGAUAUGCUCCAGCACACCAAGGUCUCGAGCAGUCAGCAGGACUACAAGGAGAGCUGCAGAAAACUGUUUGUUCUGUAGUGAUGGAAGUUGCAAAGCUUUGCAUCAAGCCAAAGAUGCCCCCAGGGCUAGGGGGAGGGGCUCAACUAGCAGCUACCAGUCAAGACCUAGAAGGCCAACAAAGUGUGAGGCUGCAAAGAGCACGCUCAGAGGCGUAAACCUUGAUAUACAGCCUAUUACUGCUCCAAGGAGGACUCUUGUUGAACGUGAUCAAAGUGCUCACUUGAAAGCAAGCAAUCCCGGAUCAAAUGACACGGUGGAUAAGGACGGAUGGGAGCCCUUCACCUGUGCUUGUCACUUCUGCGGAGAGAAAUUUGGCAAACAUUCAAUUUUAAUUCACGAAAAGCGUUGUCCCGGACGUCGAAAAUCUUCCCCUGUACUACAACAGACUGAAAAACAUCCAAUUGCAAUGGCUAAUGAUCAGAUGAACUUGGAUGACCAUAAUGUCCAAAAAGUGGCCACUAUAAUAACCAUGGGACUGCCAUCAGGAAUGGAGAAGAUAACUGUGUACGCUGCACCACCAAGACCACAGACUAGAACAGUCAGACACAGUGCUCUUCGUUCCAGUGGUAUCGGAAUGCCAUCAGCUUCCACUAAGAAAUUCACUGAGACGAACGUAAGCGUUCAAUGUGAACAGUGCCAGCAGAUUGUUGCUACAGAUCGAUUGAUAAUCCACACGCAAACGUGCAGCCCAAGUGGAGCUAGAGUGAGUGCCUGUAAUGUCAGAUUCCCGUCUACAAGUAACCUACUACGAGUGAAUGAAGCCAAACAAGAAAAUAAGUCGCCAAAGAGACAAGGAAAACCACCCACUAAAGCAUGCUACAUCUGCGGACGAGAGUUUGGGUCAUUAUCGAUUGCAAUUCACGAACCGCAGUGCCUGAAAAAAUGGCAUGCAGAAAACAGAAUACUGCCCUUCAGCCAACGAAAGCCAGUCCCUAGAAAGAAAGAGCACAAGCCAGCCAUUGCACGAGCUCUGUCUAGAGAUACCCCAGAACAAUUAGUGAGCAGCUUACCUGACAAUGUUUAUACAGACGAGGGACUAACUGCGAAACUAGUUGAACGUUACUAUCAGAAUAGCUACUCUCAGUUUGAGAGAGAGUUGAUUCCAUGCAAGAGAUGUGGUAGAACAUUUGCCCCUGAGAGGCAUAAAUUACACGAGCCGAACUGUAAUGCAGAGCCAUUAUAGCAAAGUAUAGAAAUAAGUGAUAACAGUGAUAACGAGUAAAAUGCUUUGUAUGUCAUUUGUGCAAAAUCUUAUCAAUUUCAAUUAAUGCAUUUUUAACGCCGUUUUCCUUUACAAUUUCUGUAUACACACAAUCUAUACUGUCAUUCAUUUCUGUAUUUGUUAUAAGUGUCAAUUUUGUUCUCAAUUCUUC